AUGGGUGCCCUGAGCACGUGCCGGACGCUGGUGUUGGCUCUGGCGGCCGUGCUCCUGGUGCAGCAGGCAGAGAACCGGGGCCCUGCGGAGCCGAGCUGGGGGAGCGCAGGGCCCACCACAGAUGGCGGUGCCCCGACGUCCUCGCCCACCCGGCGUGUGAGCUUUGUUCCACCCGUCACUGUCUUCCCCAGCCUGAGCCCCCUGAACCCGGCGCACAACGGGCGGGUGUGCAGCACCUGGGGCGACUUCCACUACAAGACCUUCGACGGCGACGUCUUCCGCUUUCCCGGCCUCUGCAACUACGUGUUCUCCGAGCACUGCGGCGCUGCCUACGAGGACUUCAACGUCCAGCUGCGCCGAGGCCUGGUGGGCUCCAGGCCUGUGGUCACCCGUGUUGUCAUCAAGGCCCAGGGGCUGGUGCUAGAGGCGUCCAAUGGCUCUGUCCUCGUCAACGGGCAGCGGGAGGAGCUGCCUUACAGCCGCACUGGGCUCCUGGUGGAGCAGAGCGGGGACUAUGUCAAGGUCAGCAUCCGGCUGGUCCUGACCUUCCUGUGGAAUGGAGAGGACAGUGCCCUGCUGGAGCUGGACCCCAAAUACGCCAACCAGACCUGUGGCCUGUGCGGGGACUUCAACGGCCUCCCAGCCUUCAACGAGUUCUACGCCCACAACGCCAGACUGACCCCGCUCCAGUUUGGGAACCUGCAGAAGUUGGAUGGGCCCACGGAGCAGUGCCCGGACCCGCUGCCCUUGCCGGCCAGCAAUUGCACAGACGAGGAAGGCAUUUGCCAUCACACCCUGCUGGGGCCAGCCUUUGCGGAGUGCCACGCACUGGUGGACAGCGCCCCGUACCUGGCUGCCUGCGCCCAGGACCUGUGCCGCUGCCCCACCUGCCCAUGCGCCACCUUUGUGGAAUACUCACGCCAGUGCGCCCACGCAGGGGGCCAGCCGCAGAACUGGAGGCGCCCUGAGCUCUGCCCCCGGACCUGCCCUGUCAACAUGCAGCACCAGGAGUGUGGCUCACCCUGCGUGGACACCUGCUCCAACCCCCAGCGUGCGCAGCUCUGCGAGGACCACUGCGUGGAUGGCUGCUUCUGCCCCCCAGGCACGGUGCUGGAUGAUGUCACACACUCUGGCUGCCUGCCCCUCGAGCAGUGCCCCUGCACCCACGGCGGCCACACCUACAGCCCGGGCGCCUCCGUCAACACCACCUGCAGCUCCUGCACCUGCUCUGGGGGGCUGUGGCAGUGCCAGGACCUGCCGUGCCCUGGCACCUGCUCCGUGCAGGGUGGGGCCCACAUCUCCACCUACGACGAGAAACUUUACGACCUGCAUGGCGACUGCAGCUACGUUCUGUCCAAGAAAUGUGCUGAUAGCAGCUUCACCGUGCUGGCCGAGCUGCGGAAGUGCGGACUGACGGACAACGAGAACUGCCUGAAGGCCGUGACGCUCAGCCUAGACAGCGGGGACACGGCCAUCCGGGUCCAGGCAGACGGCAGCGUGUUCCUCAACUCCAUCUACACGCAGCUGCCCCUGUCGGCAGCCAACAUCACCCUGUUCACACCCUCGAGCUUCUUCAUCGUGGUGCACACAGGCCUCGGGCUGCAGCUGCUGGUGCAGCUGGUGCCGCUCAUGCAGGUGUUUGUCAGGCUGGACCCCGCCCACCAGGGCCAGAUGUGCGGCCUGUGUGGGAACUUCAACCAGAACCAGGCUGACGACUUCACAGCCCUCAGCGGGGUGGUGGAGGCCACAGGCGCAGCCUUCGCCAACACCUGGAAGGCCCAGGCCGCCUGUGCCAAUGCCAGGAACAGCUUUGAGGACCCCUGCUCCCUCAGUGUAGAGAAUGAGAACUACGCCCGGCACUGGUGCUCACGCCUGACUGACCCCACCGGCUCCUUCUCGCGCUGCCACUCCGUCAUCAACCCCAAGCCUUUCCACUCGAACUGCCUGUUUGACACCUGCAACUGUGAGAGGAGCGAGGACUGCCUGUGUGCCGCACUGUCCUCCUAUGUGCACGCCUGCGCCGCCAAGGGCGUGCAGCUCAGCGGCUGGAGGGACGGCAUCUGCACCAAGUACAUGCAGAACUGCCCCAAGUCCCAGCGCUACGCCUACGUGGUGGACGCCUGCCAGCCGACUUGCCGCGGCCUGAGUGAGGCCGACGUCACCUGCAGCGUUUCCUUUGUGCCUGUGGAUGGCUGCACCUGCCCCAUGGGCACCUUCCUCAAUGACGUGGGGGCCUGUGUGCCCGCCCGGGAGUGCCCCUGCUAUGUUCACGGCACCGUGCUGGCUCCUGGAGAGGUGGUGCACGACGAAGGCGCUGUGUGUUCGUGUGAGGGUGGGAAGCUGAGCUGCCUGGGAGCCUCUCUGCAGAAAAGCACAGGGUGUGUGGCCCCCAUGGUGUACCUGGACUGCAGCAACAGCUCGGUGGGCCCUGGGGCCGAGUGCCUCCGGAGCUGCCACACGCUGGACGUGGGCUGUUUCAGCACACACUGCGUGUCUGGCUGUGUCUGUCCCCCUGGGCUGGUGUCAGAUGGGAGUGGGGGCUGCAUCGCCGAGGAGGACUGCCCCUGUGUGCACAACGAGGCCACCUACAAGCCUGGAGAGACCAUCAGGGUCGACUGCAACACCUGCACCUGCAGGAACCGGAGGUGGGAGUGCAGCCACCGGCUCUGCCUGGGCACCUGCGUGGCCUACGGGGACGGCCACUUCAUCACCUUUGAUGGCGAGCGUUACACCUUUGAAGGCAGUUGCGAGUACAUCCUGGCUCAGGACUACUGUGGGGACAACGCCACUCACGGGACCUUCCGCAUCGUCACCGAGAACAUCCCCUGUGGGACCACCGGCACCACCUGCUCCAAGGCCAUCAAGCUCUUUGUGGAGAGCUACGAGUUGAUCCUCCAGGAGGGCGCCUUUAAGGCAGUGGCGAGGGGGCCGGGCGGGGACCCGCCCUACAAGAUCCGCUACAUGGGGAUCUUCCUGGUCAUCGAGACCCGCUGGAUGGCCGUGUCCUGGGACCGGAAGACCAGCGUGUUCAUCCGACUGCACCAGGACUACAAGGGCAGGGUCUGCGGCCUGUGCGGGAACUUCGACGACCAUGCCAUCAAUGACUUUGCCACGCGUAGCCGGUCCGUGGUGGGGGACACGCUGGAAUUUGGGAACAGUUGGAAGCUCUCCCCGUCCUGCCCGGAUGCCCUGGCGCCCAAGGACCCCUGCACGGCCAACCCCUUCCGCAAGUCCUGGGCCCAGAAGCAGUGCAGCAUCCUCCAUGGCCCUACCUUUGCCGCCUGCCGCUCCCAGGUUGACUCCACCAAGUACUACGAGGCCUGCGUGAACGACGCGUGUGCCUGUGACUCGGGUGGUGACUGCGAGUGUUUCUGCACGGCUGUGGCUGCCUACGCCCAGGCUUGCCACGACGCGGGCCUGUGUGUGUCCUGGCGGACUCCGGACACUUGCCCUUUGUUCUGUGACUUCUACAACCCACACGGGGGCUGUGAGUGGCACUACCAGCCCUGUGGGGCACCCUGCCUAAAAACCUGCCGGAACCCCAGUGGGCACUGCCUGGUGGACCUGCCUGGCCUGGAAGGCUGCUACCCGAAGUGCCCACCCAGCCAGCCCUUCUUCAAUGAGGACCAGAUGAAGUGCGUGGCCCAGUGUGGCUGCUACGACAGGGAUGGAAACUACUAUGACAUUGGCGCAAGAGUCCCCACAGCGGAGAACUGCCAGAGCUGUAACUGCACGCCCAGUGGCAUCCAGUGCGCUCAUACCCUUGAGGCCUGCACCUGCACCUAUGAGGACAGGACCUACGGCUACCAAGAUGUCAUCUACAACACCACCGAUGGGCUUGGUGCCUGUUUGAUCGCCAUCUGUGGAAGCAACGGCACCAUUGUCAGGAAGGCUGUGGCAUGUCCUGGAACUCCGGCCACAACGCCAUUCACCUUCACCACUAGCUGGGUCCCCCACUCCACGACAAGCCCAGCCCUCCCGGUCUCCACCGUGUGUGUCCGCGAGGUCUGCCACUGGUCCAGCUGGUACAACGGGCACCACCCAGAGCCUGGUCUGGGAGGCGGAGACUUUGAGACGUUUGAAAACCUGAGGCAGAGAGGGUACCAGGUGUGCCCUGUGCCAGCCGACAUCGAGUGUCGGGCAGGGCAGCUUCCCGACAUGCCACUGGGGGAGCUGGGCCAGCAGGUGGACUGUGACCGCGUGAGGGGGCUGAUGUGCGCCAACAGCCAGCAGAGCCCCCCGCUCUGUCACGACUAUGAGCUACGGGUUCUCUGCUGUGAAUACGUGCCCUGUGGCCCCUCCCUGGCCCCAGGCACCAGCCCUCAGCCCUCCCUCAGUGCCAGCACGGAGCCUGCUGUGCCUACCCCUACCCAGACCACAGCAACUGAAAAGACCACCCUGUGGGUGAUCCCGAGCAUCCGGUCAACAGCAGCCCUCACCUCACAGACUGGGUCCAGCUCAGGCCCCACGACGGUCACCUCCCUGGCCCCAGGUACCACUACCUGCCAGCCCCGGUGUCAGUGGACAGAGUGGUUUGAUGAGGACUACCCCAAGUCUGAACAACUUGGAGGGGACGUUGAGUCCUACGAUAAGAUCAGAGCCGCAGGAGGGCACUUAUGUGAGCAGCCUAAGGACAUAGAGUGCCAGGCCGAGAGCUUCCCCCACUGGCCCCUGGCUCAGGUGGGGCAGAAGGUGCACUGUGACGUCCGCUUUGGCCUGGUGUGCAGGAACUGGGAGCAGGAGGGCAUAUUCAAGAUGUGCUACAACUACAGGAUCCGGGUCCUGUGCUGCAGCACCGACCACUGCAGGGGACGAGCCACAACCCCACCACCAGCCACAGAGCUGGAGACGGCCACCACCACCACCACCACCCAGGUCCUGUUCUCAACGCUGCAGUCAACAAGUAGCCUGGGGGUGACCAGCACCACAGUAGUCCCCACCCUCUCAAAAGGACUGACAUCCCCCAGAUACACGGGCACCCUUGGUACAGCCACCACAGGAGGCCCCACGGUUCCUGCAGGCUCCACAGAACCCACUGUCCCAGGGGUGGCCACAUCUAGCCUUCCAACACGCUCAGUCCUGCCAGGGACCACGAGGAGUUCGGGCACAUGGCAUCCCUCACAGCCACCCACGCCAGCCCCAACGACAACGGCAACCUCCAGAGCUCACCUGACAGGCACAGCCAGUUCCGGCUCCAAACAGCCGCUGACCACGAGCCUGGCGCCGACACUCUCAAGCGAACUGUUGACCUCUCAGGCUGAGACCAGCACCCCCAGGACAGAGACGACGCUGAGCCCCUUGAUUGAGGCCACCACCAGCCAGAGCACUACCCACUGUCAACCGAAGUGUGAGUGGACAGAGUGGUUUGACGUGGACUUCCCAACCUCAGGGGUCGCAGGCGGGGACAUGGAAACUUUUGAAAACAUCAGGGCCGCUGGGGGUAAGAUGUGCUGGGCACCAAAGAGCAUAGAGUGCCGGGCGGAGAACUACCCCGAGGUAAGCAUCGACCAGAUCGGGCAGGUGCUGACCUGCAGCCUGGAGACAGGGCUGAUCUGCAAGAAUGAGGACCAGACAGGCAGGUUCAACAUGUGCUUCAACUACAAUGUGCGUGUGCUCUGCUGUGACGACUACAGCCAAUGCCCCCGCACAGCCGCCCCCACGCCCACCUCCUCCACACAGGCACCCAGACUCACCUCCAUGGGGGCCACCAGCCCCACACCUCCUCCCUACCAGGGGGCAGCAGACCUCCCAGGCUCCAUCCAUGCCCACCAGUCCAACUGUGACCAGCACCCCCACAACGUCCCCCCUGACUGGUUUGAUGAGGACUACCCCAGCUCUGACCCUGAUGGUGGGGACUUUGAGACCUUUGGGGUCAUCCGCUCUGCUGGCCACACCUUCUGCGAGCAUCCAUGGGACAUUGAGUGCCGCUCUGAGAAGGAGCCCAACCAAACCCUGGAGGCCCUGGGGCAGGUGGUGCAAUGUGACGUGAGCAUUGGGCUGCCACUGUGCCACCACUUCCACGAGCACCAGAUCCAUGGGUACCACUUCCACGAGUACCGGAUCCACGGCUACCACUCCCACGAGCACCGGAUCCACAGCUACCACUCCCACGAGCACCGGACCCACGGUUACCACUCCCACGAGCACCGGAUCCACAGUUACCGAACAGCUCACACUGUGAAAGUGCUGACCACCACAGCCAUCAAAACCCAGGCCACCAGCUCCACAGCCACCCCCUCCUCCACCUCUGGUACCACCUUGAUCCUCACAGAGCCAACCACUAAAGCCACCGUGACCAUGCCCACUGGCUCCAUGGCCACCGCCUCCUCCAGCCAAGGAACAGCUCACACCCCAAAAGUGACCACCAUGACCACGACACCCACAGUCACCGGCUCCAAAGCCACUCCCUCCUCCAGUCCAGGGACUGCACCCACCCUUCCAGCACUGACAAGCACAGCCACCACACCCACAGCUACAAGCUUUACAGCCAUCCCCUCUUCCUCUCUGGGGACCACCUGGACCCUCACAGCACAGACCACCACACCCACAGCCACCAUGUCCACAGCCAGACCCUCCUCCACUUCAGAGACUGCCCAUAUUUUCACAGGGCUUACCACCAUGGCCACCACAACCGGGGCCACUGGCUCCAUGGCCACCGCCUCCUCCAGCCCAGGAACAGCUCACACUACCAAAGUGCUGACUACCACAACCAUGGGUUUCACAGCCACUCCCUCCUCCAGCCCAGGGACUGCACGCACACUUCCAGUGCAGAUCCGCACAAACACCACACCCACAACCAGAGGCUCCAGGGUGACCUCCUCCUCCAUCCCAGGGACCACCCACACCCCCACAGUGCUGACCAACACCACCACAACUGUGGCUACUGGCUCUAUGGCAACACCCUCCUCUAGCCCACAGACCGCUGGUACACCCCCAGCACUGGCCACCACGGUCACAACAAUCACGGCCACAGGCUCCACCACCACCCCCUCCUCCACUCCAGGGACAACUCCCAUCUCCCCAGUGCUGACCACCACGGCCACCACACCUGCAGCCACCAGCACCACAGUAGCUCCCUCCUCUGCCCUAGGGACCACGCAUACACCCCCAGUGCUGUCCACCACAGCCACCACACAUGGGCGAUCCCAGCUCCCCGAGAGUCCCCGCACGGUACCCACAGCCCAGACUUCCAUGGCCACCUCGGGCACCACCCACAUCACAGAGCCAUCCACGGUGACUUCCCACACCCCAGCAGGAACCACCAGUACCACCUCACACUCGACUCCAGCCCUGUCCAGACCUCACACUCACAGCAGAACCACUGAGUCACGCCCUUCUCCAGGGAAGACCACCCCAGGCCUCACCACGGCCACCUCCAGGACCACGGCCACGGCCACACCCAGCGAGACCCACACCUCGACCCUGCUGCCCAGCAGCCCCACAUCGGCCCCCACGACCCCAGUGGUGUCCACGGGCUGUGAGCCCCAGUGUGCCUGGUCAGACUGGCUGGACUACAGCUACCCCAUGUCGGGGCCCUCUGGCGGGGACUUGGAGACCUACUCCAACAUCCGUGCGGCUGGAGGGGCCAUCUGUGAGCAGCCCUUGGGCCUUGAAUGCCGCGCCCAGGCCCAGCCUGGUGUCCCCCUGCGGGAGUUGGGCCAGGUCGUGGAAUGCAGCCUGGACGUCGGCCUGGUCUGCAGGAACCGUCAGCAGGUGGGGAAGUUCAAGAUGUGCUUCAACUACGAAAUCCGUGUUUUCUGCUGCAACUACAGCCACUGCCCCAGCACCCCGGCCAGCAGCUCCACGGCCACGCCCUCCUCCACUCCGGGGACGACCGGGAUCCUCACAGAGCCGACCACUGCAGCCAUCACAACAGUGGCCACGGGCUCCACAGCCAUCCCCUCCUCCACUCCUGGGACCACCUGGAUCCUCACAGAGCCAACCACAACAUUGACCACGACUGUGGCCACCGGCUCCACAGUCACCCCCUCCUCCACCCCAGCAACUGCUGCCACCUCAGAAUUGCUGACAACCACGGCCACGAAACCCACAGCCACUGGCUCCAAAGCCACUCCCUCCACCAGUCCAGGGACUGCAUCCACCCUUCCAGUUGUGCUGACAAGCACAGCCAACACACCCACAGCUACCAGCUUUACAGCCAUCCCGUCCUCCUCCCUGAGAACCACUUGGAACCUCACAGCACAGACCACCGCAACAACAGCCACCCAGUCCACAGCCCAUGCCUCCUCCACUCCAAGGACCACCCACACCUCCACAGCACUAACCACCACAGCCACCACAACCCAGGCCACUGGCUCCACGGCCACCCUCUUCACCUCAGGAACAGCUCACACCUCUAAAGUGCUGACCACCAUGGCCAUCACCACAAGCUCCACAGCCACCCCUUCCUCCAGCCCAGGGACUGCAAGCACCCUUACAGCACUUAUCACCACAAACACCACACCCACAACCAGUGGUUCCACAGUGACCCCCUCCUCCAUCCCGGGGACCACCCACACCCCCACAGUGCUGACCAACACCACCACAACUGUGGCCACUGGCUCUAUGGCAACACCCUCCUCUAGCCCACAGACUGUGGCCCACAGUUCCACAGCCACCUCCUCCUACACUCCAGGGACUACCUCAAUCCUCAUAGAGCCGAUCACUACAGCCAUCACAACAGUGGCCACGGGCUCCACAACCAGGCCCUCCUCCCCUCCGGGGACAACCAGGCUCCUCACAGAGCCAACCACCACUGCCACCAUAACUGUGGCCACCAGUUCCAUGGCAACGUCCUCCACUCAAGGGACGACCUCGAUCUUCACAGAGCCAACCACUACUGCCAUCACAACAGUGACCACAGGCUCCACAGCCACGCCCUCCUCUACUCCGGGGAUGACAGAGAUCCUCACAGAGCUGACCACUACAACCAUCACAGCAGUGGCCACGGGCUCCACGGCCAUGCCCUCCUCCACUCCGGGGACGGCCAGGAUCCUCACAGAGCCGUCCACUGCAACCAUCACAACAGUGGCCACGGGCUCCACGGCCACACCCUCCUCCACUCUGGGGACGACCGGGAUCCUCACAGAGCCGACCACUACAGCCAUCCCAACAGUAGCCACGGGCUCUACAGCCACGCCCUCCUCCACUCUGGGGACGACCAGGAUCCACACAGAACCAACCACCACUGCCACCAUAACUGUGGCCACCAGCUCCAUGACCACAUCCUCCUCCACUCUGGCGUCGACCUGGAUCCUCACAGAGCCUAGCACUACAGCCAUCACAACAGUGGCCACCAGCUCCACGUCCACGCCCUCCUCCUCUCCGGGGACAAUCACGCUCCUCACAGAGCCAACCACCGCUGCCACCAUAACUGUGGCCACCAGCUCCACAGCCACACCUUCCUCCACUCCAGGGACAACCUGGAUCCUCACAGAGCCUAGCACUACAGCCAUCACAACAGUGGCCACGGGCUCCACAGCCACGCCCUCUGCCACUCCGGAGACGACAGGGAUCCUCACAGAGCCAACCACCACUGCCACCAUAACUGUGGCCACCGGCUCCACAGCCAACCCCUCCUCCACUCCAGGGACGACUGGGAUCCUCACAGAGCCGACCAGCACAGCCAUCACAACAGUGGUCACGGGCUCCACAGCCAUCCCCUCCUCCACCCCACAGACUACUCGAAUCACUGAAGUAUUUCCCUCCACAACUGCAACAACUGAAGCCACUGGCUUCACGGCCAACCCCUCCUCUACCCCAGGGACCACCUGGAUCCUCACAGAACCAACCACCACAGCCACCAUAACUGUGGCCACCGGCUCCACGGCCACCUCCUCCUCCACUCCUGGGACCACCUGGAUCCUCACAGAGCCAACCACAACAUUGACCACGACUGUGGCCACUGGCUCCACAGUCACCCCCUCCUCCACCCCAGCAACUGCUGCCACCUCAGAAUUGCUGACAACCACAGCCACAAAACCCACAGCCACUGGCUCCAAAGCCACUCCCUCCACCAGUCCAGGGACUGCAUCCACCCUUCCAGUUGUGCUGACAAGCACAGCCAACACACCCACAGCUACCAGCUUUACAGCCAUCCCGUCCUCCUCCCUGAGAACCACUUGGAACCUCACAGCACAGACCACCGCAACAACGGCCACCCAGUCCACAGCCCACGCCUCCUCCACUCCAAGGACCACCCACACCUCCACAGCACUAACCACCACGGCCACCACGACCCAGGCCACUGGCUCCAUGGCCACCCUCCUCACCUCAGGAACAGCUCACACCUCUAAAGUGCUGACCACCAUGGCCAUCACCACAAGCUCCACAGCCACCCCCUCCUCCAGCCCAGGGACUGCAAGCACCCUUACAGCACUUAUCACCACAAACACCACACCCACAACCAGCCGCUAUACAGUGACCCCCUCCUCCAUCCCAGGGACCACCCACACCCCCACAGUGCUGACCAACACCACCACAACUGUGGCCACUGGCUCUAUGGCAACACCCUCCUCUAGCCCACAGACUGUGGCCCACAGUUCCACAGCCACCUCCUCCUACACUCCAGGGACUACUUCAAUCCUCAUAGAGCCGAUCACUACAGCCAUCACAACAGUGGCCACGGGCUCCACAACCAGGCCCUCCUCCCCUCCGGGGACAACCAGGCUCCUCACAGAGCCAACCACCACUGCCACCAUAACUGUGGCCACCAGUUCCAUGGCAACAUCCUCCACUCAAGGGACGACCUCGAUCUUCACAGAGCCAACCACUACUGCCGUCACAACAGUGACCACAGGCUCCACGGCCACGCCCUCCUCUACUCCAGGGAUGACAGAGAUCCUCACAGAGCUGACCACUACAACCAUCACAGCAGUGGCCACGGGCUCCACGGCCACGCCCUCCUCCACUCCGGGGAUGACCAGGAUCCUCACAGAGCCGUCCACUGCAACCAUCACAACAGUGGCCACAGGCUCCACGGCCACACCCUCCUCCACUCUGGGGACGACCGGGAUCCUCACAGAGCCGACCACUACAGCCAUCCCAACAGUAGCCACGGGCUCUACGGCCACGCCCUCCUCCACUCUGGGGACAACCGGGAUCCACACAGAACAAACCACCACUGCCACCAUAACUGUGGCCACCAGCUCCAUGGCCACACCCUCCUCCACUCUGGCGUCAACCUGGAUCCUCACAGAGCCUAGCACUACAGCCAUCACAACAACUACUCGAAUCACUGAAGUAUUUCCCUCCACAACUGCAACAACUGAAGCCACUGGCUCCACGGCCAACCCCUCCUCUACCCCAGGGACCACCUGGAUCCUCACAGAACCAACCACCACAGCCACCAUAACUGUGGCCACCGGCUCCACGGCCACCUCCUCCUCCACUCCUGGGACCACCUGGAUCCUCACAGAGCCAACCACAACAUUGACCACGACUGUGGCCACCGGCUCCACAGUCACCCCCUCCUCCACCCCAGCAACUGCUGCCACCUCAGAAUUGCUGACAACCACGGCCACGAAACCCACAGCCACUGGCUCCAAAGCCACUCCCUCCACCAGUCCAGGGACUGCAUCCACCCUUCCAGUUGUGCUGACAAGCACAGCCAACACACCCACAGCUACCAGCUUUACAGCCAUCCCGUCCUCCUCCCUGAGAACCACUUGGAACCUCACAGCACAGACCACCGCACUAACGGCCACCCAGUCCACAGCCCACGCCUCCUCCACUCCAAGGACCACCCACACCUCCACAGCACUAACCACCACGACCACCACGACCCAGGCCACUGGCUCCACGGCCACCCUCCUCACCUCAGGAACACCUCACACCUCUAAAGUGCUGACCACCAUGGCCAUCACCACAAGCUCCACAGCCACCCCUUCCUCCAGCCCAGGGACUGCAAGCACCCUUACAGCACUUAUCACCACAAACACCACACCCACAACCAGCCGCUAUACAGUGACCCCCUCCUCCAUCCCAGGGACCACUCACACCCCCACAGUGCUGACCAACACCACCACAACUGUGGCCACUGGCUCUAUGGCAACACCCUCCUCUAGCCCACAGACUGUGGCCCACAGUUCCACAGCCACCUCCUCCUACACUCCAGGGACUACCUCAAUCCUCAUAGAGCCGAUCACUACAGCCAUCACAACAGUGGCCACGGGCUCCACAACCAGGCCCUCCUCCCCUCCAGGGACAACCAGGCUCCUCACAGAGCCAACCACCACUGCCACCAUAACUGUGGCCACCAGUUCCAUGGCAACGUCCUCCACUCAAGGGACGACCUCGAUCUUCACAGAGCCAACCACUACUGCCGUCACAACAGUGACCACAGGCUCCACGGCCAUGCCCUCCUCUACUCCGGGGAUGACCGAGAUCCUCACAGAGCUGACCACUACAACCAUCACAGCAGUGGCCACGGGCUCCACGGCCAUGCCCUCCUCCACUCCGGGGACGGCCAGGAUCCUCACAGAGCCGUCCACUGCAACCAUCACAACAGUGGCCACGGGCUCCACGGCCACACCCUCCUCCACUCUGGGGACGACCGGGAUCCUCACAGAGCCAACCACUACAGCCAUCCCAACAGUAGCCACGGGCUCCACAGCCACGCCCUCCUCCACUCUGGGGACGACCAGGAUCCACACAGAACCAACCACCACUGCCACCAUAACUGUGGCCACCAGCUCCAUGGCCACACCCUCCUCCACUCUGGCAUCGACCUGGAUCCUCACAGAGCCUAGCACUACAGCCAUCACAACAGUGGCCACCAGCUCCACGGCCACGCCCUCCUCCUCUCCGGGGACAAUCACGCUCCUCACAGAGCCAACCACCGCUGCCACCAUAACUGUGGCCACCAGCUCCACAGCCACACCUUCUUCCACUCCAGGGACAACCUGGAUCCUCACAGAGCCUAGCACUACAGCCAUCACAACAGUGGCCACGGGCUCCACAGCCACGCCCUCCGCCACUCUGGAGACGACAGGGAUCCUCACAGAGCCAACCACCACUGCCACCAUAACUGUGGCCACUGGCUCCACAGCCAACCCCUCCUCCACUCCAGGGACGACUGGGAUCCUCACAGAGCCGACCAGCACAGCCAUCACAACAGUGGCCACGGGCUCCACAGCCACACCCUCCUCCACUCCAGGGAUGACCUCGAUCCUCACAGAGCCGACCACUACAACCAUCACAACAGUGGCCACUGGCUCCACAGCCAACCCCUCCUCCACUCCAGGGACGACCUCGAUCCUCACAGAGCCGACCACUACAGCCAUCACAACAGUGGCCACGGGCUCCACGGCCACACCCGCCUCCACUCCAGGGAUGACCUCGAUCCUCACAGAGCUGACCACUACAGCCAUCACAACAGUGGCCACGGGCUCCAUGGCCACGCCCUUCUCCACUCGGGGGACGACUGGGAUCCUCACAGAGCCAAUCAACACCGCCACCAUAACUGUGGCCACCCAUUCCACAGCCACGCCCUCCUCCACUCCAGGGACGACCUCAAUCCUCACAGAGCCGAUCACUACAGCCAUCACAACAGUAGCCACGGGCUCCAUGACCACGCCCUCCUCCUCUCCAGGGACGACCAGGCUCCUCACAGAGCCAACCACCACUGCCACCGUAACUGUGGCCACCAGCUCCAUGGCCAUGCCCUCCACUCAAGGGACGACCUUGAUCCUCACAGAGCCGAACACUACCGCCAUCACAACAGUGGCCACAGGUUCCACGGUCAUGACCUCCUCCACUCUAGGGACAACCGGGAUCCUCACAGAGCCGACCACUACAACCAUCACAACAGUGGCCACAGGUUCCACGGCCACACCCUCCUCCACUCUGGGGACGACCGGGAUCCUCACAGAGCCGACCACUACAGCCAUCACAACAGUGGCCACAAGGUCCACGGCCACGCCCUCUUCCACUUCAGCGUCGACCUGGAUCCUGACAGAGCCGAGCACUACAGCCAUCACAACAGUGGCCACGGGCUCCACGGCCAUCCCCUCCUCCACUCCGAGGACCACUGUGAUCUUCACAGAGCCGACCACCACUGCCACCAUAACUGUGGCCACUAGCUCCACAGCUAUCCCCUCCUCCACUCCAGGGACGACCUGGAUCCUCACAGAGCCGACCACUCUAGCCACCCCGACUGAGGCCACUGGCUCCACAGCCACCAUACCCAGAGUGCCCAGCUCCUCAGCCACCCCCUUCUCCAGCCCAGGGACUGCAGGCACCCUUCCAGUGCAGACCACUACAGCAACCACGACCAUGGCCAGUAGGUCUACGGCCAUCCCCUCCUCCACUGUGAGAACAGCUCGCACCCCCAAAGUGCUGACCACCACGGCCCCCAGGCCCACAGCCACUGGCUCCACGGUUCCCAGAUCAUCCACCCUGGGGACCACCCACACCCCCGCAGUGCUCCCCAGCAGCCUGCCAGCCUUCAGCGUGUCCACUGUGUCCUCCUCAGUCCUCACCACCCUCAGACCCACUCACUUCCCCAGCUCCCACUUCUCUACUCCCUGCUUCUGCAGGGCAUUUGGACAGUUCUUCUCACCCGGGGAAGUAAUCUACAAUAGGACAGACCGAGCCGGCUGCCAAUUCUAUGCCGUGUGCAACCAGCACUGUGGCCUCGACCGCUUCCAGGGCACCUGCCCCACCUCCCCACCACCAGCGUCCUCCACCCCGCUGCCCUCGCCCUCCCCUGCCCCUGGCUGUGACAAUGCCAACCCUCCCCGGCAGGUGAAUGAGACCUGGACCCUGGAGAACUGCACGGUGGCCAAGUGCGUGGGUGACAACCGUGUUGCCCUGCUGGACCCAAAGCCUGUGGCCAACGUCACCUGCGUGAACAAGCACCUGCCCAUCAAAGUGUCGGACCCGAGCCAGCCCUGUGACUUCCACUAUGAGUGCGAGUGCAUCUGCAGUGUGUGGGGCAGUUCCCACUAUUCCACCUUUGACGGCACCUCUUACACCUUCCGGGGCAACUGCACCUAUGUCCUCAUGAGAGAGAUCCACGCACGCCUUGGGAAUCUCAGCCUCUACUUGGACAACCACUACUGCGCGGCUGCUACUGCCAGCUGCUCCCGCGCCCUCAGCAUCCACUACAAGUCCAUGGAUAUCGUCCUCACCGUCACCAUGGUGCAUGGGAAGGAGGAGGACCUGAUCCUGUUUGACCAAAUUCCGGUGAGCAGCGGUUUCAGCAAGAACGGCGUGCUUGUGUCUGUGACGGGGACCACCACCAUGCGCGUGGACAUUCCUGCCCUGGGUGUGAGUGUCACCUUCGAUGGCCACGUCUUCCAGGCCCGGCUGCCCUACGGCCUCUUCCACAACAACACCGAGGGCCAGUGUGGCACCUGCACCAACAACCAGAGGGACGACUGUCUCCAGCGGGACGGAACCACUGCCGCCAGCUGUAAGGACAUGGCCAAGACUUGGUUGGUCCCUGACAGCAGAAAGGACGGCUGCUGGGCCCCGACUGGCACGCCCCCCACUGCCAGUCCCCCGGCCCCGGUGUCUAGUGCACCCACCCCCAGCCCGUGCCCGCCGCAGCCGCUCUGUGAUCUGAUGCUGAGCCAGGUCUUUGCUGAGUGCCACGACCUUGUCCCCCCGGGCCCAUUCUUCAAUGCCUGCAUCAGCGACGGCUGCCAGGGCCGCCCCGAGGUGCCCUGCCAGAGCCUGGAGGCCUACGCAGCGCUCUGCCGCGCCCGGGGAGUGUGCAGUGACUGGCGAGGUGCAACCGGCAGCCUGUGCGAUCUCACCUGCCCACCCACCAAAGUAUACAAGCCGUGCGGCCCCAUACAGCCUGCCUCCUGCAACUCCAGGAACCAGAACCCACAACUGGAGGGGCUGGCGGAGGGCUGCUUCUGCCCUGAGGACCAGAUCCUCUUCAGCGCACACACGGACACCUGCGUGCAGUCCUGCGCCUGCGUGGGACCUGAUGGGUUUCCCAAAUCUCCCGGGCAGCAGUGGAUCAGCAACUGCCAGUCCUGCGUGUGUGAUGAGGGCUCAGUGUCGGUGCAGUGCAAGCCCCUGCCCUGUGAGGCCCAGGGUCAGCCCCCACCGUGCAGCCACCCCGGCUUCAUGACCGUGACCAGGCCCCGGGCCGACAACCCCUGUUGCCCUGAGACGGUGUGCGUAUGCAACACAACCACCUGCCACCAGAGCCCACCCGUGUGCCCGCUAGGGCAGGAGUUGAUCAGCACCCAGAAGGAGGGCGACUGCUGUCCCACCCUCCUCUGCAGACCUCAGCUGUGUUCCUACAACGGCAUCUUCUAUGGGGUUGGUGCAACCUUCCCAGGGGCCCUUCCCUGCCACAUGUGUACCUGCCUCUCUGGGGACACCCAGGACCCAGCAGUGCAAUGUCAGGAGGAUGCCUGCCACAAUACUACCUGCCCCCAGGGCUUUGAGUACAAGAGCGUGGCCGGGCAGUGCUGCGGGGAGUGCGUGCAGACCGCCUGCCUCACGCCUGGUGGUCCACCAGUCCAGCUGAACGAAACCUGGGUCAAUAGCCGUGUGGACAACUGCACUGUGUACCACUGUGAGGUCGAGAGCGGAGUCUAUUUGCUGACCCCACAGCCUGCAUCCUGCCCAGAUGUGUCCAGCUGCAGGGGGAGCCUCAGGAAAACCGGCUGCUGCUACUCCUGUGAGGAGGACUUCUGUCAAGUCCGCGUCAACACAACCGUCCUGUGGCACCAGGGCUGCAGGACUGAGGUCAACAUCACCUUCUGUGAGGGCUCCUGCCCCGGAGAGUCCAAGUACUCGGCAGAGGCCCAGGCCAUGCAGCACCAGUGCACCUGCUGCCAGGAGAGGCGGGUCCACGAGGAGACGGUGCUCUUGCACUGUCCCGACGGCUCGACUGUCCUGCACACCUACAACCAUGUGGAUGAGUGUGGCUGCACGCCCUUCUGUGUCCCUGCGCCCAUGGCUCCCACAUACCCCCCCGGCUUCCUGGCCCAGGAGGCCACUGCUGUCUGAGGAUAUUCUGCCUCCAUCCCCAUGCUCUGUCCAUCUGGAGCCAGGACGUGCAUUGCCUGAUCAUGAAAACCUUGGGCCUGCUCUGCGGAGCCCCCCGGCCUCUGUGUGUGGCACCCCGUGCCUCUGUGCUCCUGCUGCCCACCCUGUGGGUGAAACCGGACCCCGGAAGGGUGAGGGGCCAGCAGGAUCCCUUUCAGGAGGGCACCACUCAGGAGUCCUGUCCUGGGAGAGCCUGUGGCCCACCUUGGCCUUGCCCCUCCUUGAUGUCACUGGG